AUGACAAAAAAACAAGGCCAAACCCCAGCCAACGGUCCUAAGGAGUGGGCAACAGGAACAAAGAUUGAAGUAGAAUUCGAUUCAACUUUUCAUCCAGUUGGUAAUAGAGCUUCUGAGUUAAAGACGGCAAUGGGAAAUAUAAUACGCAAUGGGUAUAGGGUUCCACUCACAUACAUUGAUUGGGAUUCAGUGCCCACUGAUGUGCUUGAUAGUAUUUGGAGUGAG